UAACACAGUAAACAGAUGCCGAUUUUGUGUUAACAUGCAUGAAGCGCACAUUCAUGUGGCAUCACGUGACGUAGUUUUGCAUGUUAUGUAUCAUGUACUUCCGGUGAGGUUUUGUAACAAUGAUUGUGCGCUGAUGUAAUUAUUCACAGUUGCACAAUAAAGACUGGGUUUGUUCGUUCAUUGCAGCGGAUCUCAUUAUUUACAAUGACUGAGGUCAGGCGGGCCGUCUCUGAAGCGCUGUGGGGAAUGUGUGCAGCGGAUGCCAUGUCGAUGCCCGUCCACUGGUACUACAACACCCAAGACAUCAGGAGGGACUUCAUUGGCUGGAUCACUGGAUUCAAUGCGCCGCGGGGCAGACACCCAUCCAGCAUCCUAAGCCUGUCCAGCACAGCUGGCAGUGGACGCAGAGCCGGAUCAACCGGAACCGCAGCUCAUGUCGUGGGGAACGUGAUUCUGCAUGAUAAGCUGAAGUUCUGGACGGAUCCACGUGGAUCAGUGCACUACCAUCAGGGUCUUCACGCGGGUGGAAACACGCUGAACACUCUCUGUGCUCUGAGAGUUGCGCGCAUUCUGUCCACCGGUGCUUUCGUUAGUAUGGCUGAUCCUGAAGCACGAGCCGCCGUACUGUCGGAUUACACUGAGUUCAUGACACGUCCCGGCUCACACAACGACACGUACGCCGAGUCCUUCCAUAGAAGCUUCUUCUCUGACUGGCAGGAACUCAGACCUACGUCCUCUAGAGAGGUUCUGGAGUUUGCAGAGCAGCGCUCCAAAUGCAUGUUGAGCACAUCCCGUGCUGACAGUCAGCUAAAUGCUAUAGGAUGUCUUCCCAUGGCCAUUCCCUUUGUCCUGCUGUCUGCCACAGCCAAUGAGGAGGAAGCAGUUUCUGCAGCGGUGGAUUUUGUGAAGCUCACUCAUCCUCAUCCAGCGCUGGAGCCGCUGGUGUCUCUGUACAUGCGAGCGCUUCACGCCACACUGAACGGAGCAUGUCUGAAACGACAGGCGGAGACGGCGCUCAAAUCACCCGUGCUGGACGCCUGGGACGUGUGUCAACACUUUAUACAGUGCGCAGAGAGGAUUCCAGGAUCAUCAGUGGAGCGUCUGAAGGUUCAUCAGAGCGCUGUGGAGUCUCUCGGAAUCGCCUGCUACACACAAGGAGCUCUCAGCAGUCUCUUCUACCUGGCCUACAGCUUUCAUAAUGACGUGACGGGGGGAAUCCUGACCAACACCAACUGUGGAGGUGCGUUUCUGAAUGACUGAGUGUUGUGACUCACUCACUGAAUGGCAUGUUCAGCUGUGCUGAUGAUGAUAAUAUGUGUGUGUUUAAAGAAUAGUUCACCCAAAAAUGAAA